UCCCCUUAGCGUGGACGCCGUUCAAUUUUAAAAUUUAUCGUCAACGAAGUGUUCAUCAUUAAGGAUUGAAAAUAAUAUUAUUUUAUUAUAAUUUUACCGAUUUCGUUUAUUUUUUAAAUUGAACAAAUUAUAAUUGUAUGCUUUCAAUUUGAGCAAUUUUUCUUUUGCAUACUAAAGUCUUUUUUUUGAGCCGCUGAUAUAAAUUGUGUCGACGUAGAUCUUUGAAAGUUAAACACAUUUAGUAUGGCUGCUGGACCAAUUGCAGAACGAAACCAAGAUGCUACAAUUUAUGUUGGUGGUCUAGAUGACAAGGUGUCUGAAACAUUAUUAUGGGAGUUGUUUGUACAAGCCGGUCCUGUAGUAAAUGUUCAUAUGCCGAAGGAUCGUGUUACUCAAAUGCACCAAGGAUAUGGAUUUGUAGAAUUUCUUAGUGAAGAUGAUGCUGAUUACGCUAUAAAAAUUAUGAAUAUGAUAAAGCUAUACGGAAAGCCAAUACGAGUUAAUAAAGCUUCGGCGCACCAAAAGAAUUUAGACGUUGGUGCGAACAUAUUUAUCGGAAAUUUGGAUCCUGAAGUAGACGAAAAACUUUUGUAUGAUACAUUUUCAGCUUUUGGAGUUAUAUUACAAACACCAAAAAUUAUGCGAGACCCUGAGACUGGUAAUUCUAAGGGGUUUGCCUUUAUAAACUUUGCAAGUUUUGAAGCGUCUGACGCUGCAAUGGAUGCAAUGAAUGGUCAAUAUCUUUGUAAUAGACCAAUAUCAGUUUCAUAUGCAUUUAAGAAAGACUCUAAAGGGGAACGUCAUGGUUCGGCUGCAGAACGAUUAUUGGCUGCGCAAAAUCCAUCUUCACAUGCUGAUCGACCACAUCAACUUUUUGCUGACGCUCCAGUGCCUAGCAUGAUACCAGUAAUGGGUGGUCAAUUAAUUCCACCACCAUUAUUAGCGCCUCCUCCUCCACCAAACCCUGGAUCUGCGUCGAUGAUGCCUCCACCACCUCCUGUACCACCACCACAGUCUGCAUUCGUACCCCCUCCACCAUUACCACCACUAGCAGGAAAUCAGUCGUUACCACCCCCCGUGGGAAUACCUCCACCACCUAGAAUGCUACCUCCAAAUUCAUGGCCCUCCGCAACACCUGCACCUCCUCCACCAAAUUGGAGGCCACCAUCUGGGUUCCCUACUGCUCCCUUUCCCCCAACACCCUUUAAUGGUGAAACUUCUGUAGGCUACCAAUAUUGAAAACAUACCAACAAAAAAAAUUAAUAUUAAAAUAAAAAGAAAAUAGUUAAUAAAAUAUGUAUGUUUUAUGAA